UGAUAUCAUUCCCUCGCAGCUCUGUUGCUCAAACUAGCUGUCAUUAAGUAGAAUAUCGCUUCUGUCGCUUAAAACGGGACAGGUGCAGCGACCAGGAUGACUUCCAACGAAUACCAUAUAAUGGCUACAUCACCCCGUGAGCUUACUCAGAACCCGCUGAAGAAAAUAUGGAUGCCAUGGAAAAACGGGCUCUUUGUACACAUUUUACAAAGAAGGGUAUGUAUGACCAACUGUCCCACCCUCAUUGUGACGGUGGGCCUCCCAGCGAGAGGGAAGACCUACAUCUCCAAGAAGCUGACCCGCUAUCUCAACUGGAUUGGUGUGCCAACCAAAGAGUUCAACGUGGGUCAGUACAGGAGGGAGUGUGUGAAGAUCUACAAGUCUUUUGAGUUUUUCCAUCCAGACAAUGAAGAGGGUCUGAAGAUCAGGAGGCAGUGUGCACUGACAGCGCUGAGUGAUGUGUGCCAGUACCUGACUGUGGAGGGAGGCCAGGUGGCGGUGUUUGAUGCCACUAACACCACCAGGGAGAGGAGAUGGACCAUCACCAGGUUUGCAGAGCAGAAUGGCUUUAAGGUGUUCUUUGUGGAGUCUGUGUGUGAAGACCCUGAUGUCAUUGCAGAGAACAUAGUGCAAGUGAAGCUGGGUAGUCCUGACUACAUAGACUGUAAUACAGAGCAGGUCAUCGAGGACUUCAUGAAGAGAAUCAAGUGCUACGAGAACUCUUACCAGCCACUGGAUGAGGUUCUAGACAGGGAUCUGUCCUACAUUAAGAUCAUGGACGUGGGCCGGAGAUACCUGGUGAACAGGGUGCUGGACCACAUCCAGAGCCGCAUUGUCUACUACCUAAUGAAUAUCCACAUCACACCACGCUCCAUCUACCUGUGUCGCCAUGGAGAGAGUGACCUCAACGUCAAAGGACGCAUCGGAGGAGACUCAGGCCUGUCUGGCAGGGGCAAGGAGUUUGCAAAGUGUCUGGGGAAGUUUAUCCAGGAGCAAAACAUUAAGAAUCUGAAGGUGUGGACCAGUCAGAUGAAGAGAACCAUUCAGACAGCCGAGGCCGUGGCUGUCCCCUAUGAGCAGUGGAAGGCUCUCAACGAGAUUGAUGCUGGUGUGUGUGAAGAGAUGACGUAUGAGGAGAUCCAGGUACAUUUCCCUGUGGAGUUUUCACUGAGAGACCAGGACAAAUACCGCUACCGCUACCCUAAAGGAGAGUCCUAUGAGGACCUGGUGCAGCGGUUGGAGCCAGUCAUCAUGGAGCUGGAGAGGCAGGAGAACGUCCUGGUCAUCUGUCACCAGGCUGUCAUGCGCUGCCUGCUCGCUUACUUCCUGGAUAAGAGUGCAGAGGAGCUGCCUUACCUGAAGUGCCCUUUGCACACUGUAUUGAAGCUGACCCCUGUGGCGUAUGGAUGUAAAGUAGAGUCUGUCUGGUUGAAUGUGGAAGCUGUGAACACCCAUAGGGACAGGCCAGAGAAUGUAGACAUUUCACGGAUGCCGGAAGAAGCCCUGUUCACAGUCCCCGCCCACCAGUGAUGAGUGACGGCUCACAAAGUUUAGAUUCAAUCAGUUCUUCCUUCACCUGCGAUAACUGACAACUGCAUAGCAGUUUCAUUGCUUUUAUUCAUGGAAUGUCGUAGGUGUAACGGCGUUAGAGCUGUCAAAUCAGGAAGCGACUCUCGGCGUGAUACCUAUUGCGGACAUUUCCAUUUUAUGUGACGAGUCGCAUUAGUAAUAAUCCCAUGCAGCCUUGUUACAAGUUCAAACACGGGAAUGUGUUGUAAUAUACACCUCGAUUAGGCUGAUAUGAAUCCUCAUUAUUUAGGUUAAUGAUGUUCAAUUUGAGUGUUAUUAUUUCUAUAUAGCCUUGACUUUCUCUUUAUGUACUUCUAAUGUGAGUGGGACGGGUGUGGCUUGGUGACAAUAACCGCACGAGCAGCCACUCAGAUUAGACAGCUCUAAAGCAGUUCCACUUCCAGCACCUCCUAAACACCAGCUAUGCAGGUGUUGGCUACCACUGGUUAAUGCUUGAUCUGAUUGAAUCUAGGCCCUAGACUCCAAAGUGCCAUCACUCACCAUGGCUACUUCAUCUACUCAAUCAGAAAUCAAUGCAAAUUGCUAUUUUAAAACAUCCUUGCAGCGGGAUUUGAAAAGAGUGCAUCCGAAUCUUUCAUUUGACAUAUUUCUAUCUAAAGCGGCAAUCAGCAGAGGAAACAAUAACGAAGAGUGAUCCCCGGUUUCGGUAGAAAGCUGAGGGAUGGGCUGGAGAAAUGUAACUAUUCUCAAAUUGGGAUGACCAUCCAUGAUAUCAACAUUGAAUUUUAACCAUGUUUUGAGGCUAUAUAGUGUUUGUUUACAUUUACUUUGGUUACAAACAUUGGAGUAAAAGCUUAGAUUUUGGGUUCUGAUGGAGGCAUUUAUACAUUUUAUUCUUCAAGAAUCAUUCAUUUAUAAGUCCAAAAAUUAGCUAAUGUAAUUAGCUACUGCUGAUUUCCACUUUUUAAGGUUCUUUAAAAAAAAACAUACUUGUUUAAUCUUGGUUCUUCACCUGAUCUGUGUCUUUCCUGCUGUGCAAAAUUGGCUGUGUUUAGACAGGCAUCCCAAUCCUGAUCUUUUUUCCACAAAUUGGUCUUUUGACCAAUCAUAUCAGAUAUUUCUCAGAGCUGAUCUGAUUGAUCAAAAACAAUUUUGUGAAAAAAAUAUCAGAAUUAGGCUGCCUGUCUAAACGUCCAGAGAACUGGAAUCCAGUUCAAUGGUGAUUCACCCCACUAUCGGGGUAUGUGUGCCUGUGAGUGUGUUUUGUAUGUGUGUGAGUGUAUUAUGAACAAUCUGAUGUGAAACCUUUUUUAUAUACAUGACAUAUGGCUUUUAAUCUAAUUGUAAAGUGUCUUGACACUGGCUGCGUUUACACAGGCAGCCCAGUUCUGAACUUUGUCCACUAAUUGGCCUUUUAACCAAUCAGAUCAACUCUUUUGCCAAUCAUUUGGUAAAGAUCAGAAUUAGCAGCCUGUGGAAGCUAAAUGUAAUACUCCUUGUUCUUAGUAUUUUAGUUUUUGUCCAACCAUUUGUCUGUUAACAAGUUUUUUUUUUUAAGUUUAAGAUGUUUUUUUAUUUUGUGAAUUUCCUAUUAAACCAACUAUUGCAUUUACCCGCUGCAGAAGAUGUAAUAUUUGGAAUCAGACUCUAGGUGGGGACAUAAAUUGUAGGUAAUAUUUUUUUAAAAUAUAUAUAUGUCUGGUAUAAAAUCUAACAUAAAGGUGGUUUUGCACAUCUAUUUUUUUCAAUCAAGGUCAUCUUCAUCUAGUUCAAAUCUAAACUGAUUGACUUUUUUUCCAUGUUGCAUCAGUGAUCUGCUUUAUCUAGAAUGUGUUUGGCUCUAUUGCUCAAUGUCUAAAAUGCUGCUGUAGUUUAGCAUCUGUAGUGUCAUGACAAAUCAAUUGAAAUGACUACUAAUAUCUGUGUAAACACAAGUAAUGAUCACCAUAAUAAUCAGGUGUCAGUAAUGCUGUGAAUGUCAAUAAAUCGCUCACUGGUUGUUUAUCGUUUUCAGCAGGUUCACCAUGUCUUGUUUGUUCAUUUUGACUUGUUUGUCAACGUGCCAAGAGUAUGAUGCAUUCAAUGUAAAUAUCUACAUCAUCCAAAUGGAAUAAAUAUUUUUUUUGUUAAA